AUGGUGACAGCUGACGACAUCCAGAACGCGCCCGAUCGUGAGAGUAUCGCCAAGCUCAGAGCAACGGUCCGCGGCUUGAGAACCCGGAAGAUGAAGGAACUGAUCGCAAUCAGAAACCAGACACGUCUUAGCUUGGAUGACGAUGAAACCACCAACGACGCCGAACUUGUCGAUCUCUAUUCCAAGGAAGAAGAACUCGAGAUAGCUAUCGAGUCACUAGCUAGGUUAGCUGACCAAGCUACGUGUAGGAUCUCCGAGCUCAUGAAAGAGUCUGUCGUACCCACUACAUCUACAACUACUUCCUCCUCGGACGAUGGUCUCUCAACUCUGGUUACGGCCCUUACUUCGGCAUUGCAGAAGCCGCCAAGCUUACGUACCAGAAUCGCCGAUGUGAGCCGUCUUUCAGUUGCCAGCAAAGCAUUGAAGAACCCCUUCCUGUUGCCUACUCAUUUCAAACGAGUGGAGCAACUGUUGGUCGCAUCUGGGUUUGCUACCUUUGUCAACGGUACGUUCACUCCAGACGACGACAUCGAGGUUUACCUUGUCGAGAAGCUCAUAUUUACCCUGGUUGACCAUGACGGU